GUAGCUCGUCUUCCACUUGUCGGAUUCUCAACUCUCUUUAACCUUCAAGCAAUCUGCCCCCAAAUCAAACGGUUUUCAAUACAAUCCUCACAAAUCCUGAACUUAAGAAAUUCAUUUUCAACAUCACUCCCUCUUUAAUAACAAUAAUUAAAAACUCUCCAACUAAUUGGAGAUGUGAAAGAGAAUAUGCCAUUGCCAUUAUCAACUGCUUCUACAUGCAUCCUUUCUUUUUUCUCUUCAGUUUAAGGCUUUAUACAGUAUUGUUAUCAGGAAUCUGGAGCAGGUCAUGUCCAUGGUUUUCAACUUCCUUUGUGGGGGAAAUGUGGGUGCAAUUUGUGAGACAUUGAAUUAAGCUAAAUAGUUCUUGAGAAAUGGGUUCUGAUAAGCGUUCAGCUGGAUUGUUACCCAGAAUGGAGAGGGUUCGGACGAUUUUAACGCAUAAAUACCGUUAUCCGCAUGAACAUUCACGUCAUGCAAUAAUUGCAGUAGUUGUGGGUUGUUUGUUCUUUAUCUCAUCAGAUAACAUGCAUACUUUGAUAGAAAAGUUGGAUAAUAAUAUCAAAUGGUGGUCUAUGUAUGGCUGUUUACUUGGAUUCUUUUAUUUCUUUUCGUCUCCGUUUAUUGGGAAGACUAUCAAGCCAAGUUAUUCAAAUUUCAGUCGAUGGUACAUAGCGUGGAUUUUAGUUGCAGCCGUGUAUCAUCUUCCGAGUUUUCAGUCAAUGGGAGUGGACAUGAGGAUGAAUUUGUCUUUGUUUUUGUCAAUAUAUCUCUCUUCUAUUCUCUUUCUCCUUGUCUUCCACAUUAUAUUCUUUGGUCUGUGGUAUCUUGGUCUUAUUUCUCGUGUGGCUGGAAGGAGGCCAGAAAUUUUGACUGUUGUCCAGAAUUGCGCUGUUAUUAGUAUAGCCUGCUGUGUAUUUUAUAGUCAUUGCGGCAACCGUGCAAUGUUAAAGCAGAAACCUUCUGUAAGAAAAAAUUCUAUUUGGUUUUGGGAAAAAGGUGAGAGAAACACAUGGCUUGCAAAUUUUCUUCGUAUGAACGAGUUGAAAGACCAAGUCUGCUCAUCUUGGUUUGCUCCAGUUGGCUCUGCAAGUGAUUAUCCACUUUUAUCGAAGUGGGUUAUUUAUGGUGAGAUAGCUUGCAGUGGUUCAUGUUCCGGUCCUUCAGAUGAAAUUUCUCCUAUAUACUCACUGUGGGCUACAUUUAUUGGCCUUUACAUUGCCAAUUAUGUAGUGGAAAGGUCAACAGGGUGGGCUCUUACUCACCCUUUGUCUGUUGAAGAAUAUGAGAAGCUGAAAAAGAAUCAGAUGAAACCAGAUUUCUUAGAUAUGGUUCCUUGGUAUUCAGGAACAUCAGCUGACUUGUUCAAGACUGUUUUUGACCUCUUAGUAUCAGUAACUGUGUUUGUUGGCCGGUUUGACAUGCGCAUGAUGCAGGCCUCAAUGAGCAGGGUCCAUGAAGGAGCUCAACAGUAUGAUCUUUUUUAUGAUCAUUUGAGUGAAAGGGAGGAUCUAUGGUUUGAUUUCAUGGCUGAUACCGGUGAUGGUGGAAACUCGUCAUAUGCUGUGGCUCGGCUACUUGCUCAACCUUCCAUACUGCUUACUAAAGAUGAUUCUCUACUUACGCUGCCACGCGGGGACCUGCUACUUAUUGGAGGAGAUCUUGCGUAUCCUAAUCCAUCAAGGUUUACGUAUGAAAGGCGCCUCUUUUGUCCUUUUCAAUAUGCUCUCCAGCCUCCACCUUGGUACAAACCUGAUCACAUUGCUGUAAACAAGCCCGAAUUACCUGAAGGGGUUUCUGAACUCAAGGAAUACAAUGGACCCCAGUGUUUUAUCAUUCCUGGAAAUCAUGAUUGGUUCGAUGGACUUAAUACUUUUAUGAGGUAUAUAUGCCACAAGAGCUGGUUGGGUGGCUGGUUUAUGCCACAAAAGAAGAGUUACUUUGCUUUGCAGCUCCCAAAAAGAUGGUGGGUAUUUGGUCUCGAUUUAUCACUCCAUGCCGACAUUGAUGUAUACCAGUUCCAGUUCUUUUCUGAAUUAGUAAAGACCAAGGUUGGUGAAAAUGAUUCUGUGAUCAUUAUGACCCAUGAACCACACUGGCUUCUUGAUUGGUACUGGAAUAAUGUUUCGGGCGAGAAUGUCUCACACCUGAUAUGUGAUUACUUAAAAGGAAGGUGUAAACUUCGAAUUGCUGGUGACCUGCAUCAUUAUAUGCGUCAUUCAUGUGUUCCUUCAGAAGGUCCAGUUCAUGUGCAGCAUCUUCUUGUAAAUGGGUGCGGAGGUGCAUUUUUACACCCCACUCACGUGUUUAGUAAUUUUAGCCAAUUUUAUGGGAAAACAUACGAGUGCAAAGCUGCUUAUCCUUCUUUUGAUGAUUCAAGCAGGAUUGCAUUGGGAAAUAUCUUGAAGUUCCGUAAGAUGAACUGGCAGUUUGAUUUCAUUGGUGGUAUUAUAUACUUCAUAUUGGUUUUUUCUAUAUUUCCACAGUGUCAGCUCGAUCACAUAUUGCAAGAUGAUUCAUUUUCUGGUCAUCUUAGGAGUUUCUUUGGCACGGUGUGGAAUUCUUUUGUAUACAUGCUGGAACAUUCUUUUGUAUCGUUGGCUGGUGUGGUGCUAUUGUUGAUGUUGGCAUUCACAUUUGUUCCUUCCAAGUUGGCUCUCAAGAAACGUGCAAUAAUUGGAAUUCUUCAUGUUUCUGCACAUCUAGCUUCAGCCGUUAUUCUCAUGCUGCUCUUGGAACUAGGUCUGGAGACAUGUAUCCGGCAUAAACUGCUAGCUACUUCUGGUUACCACUCUUUGUACCAAUGGUACCAAUCGGUGGAAACUGAACAUUUUCCAGAUCCUACUGGUCUUCGAGCGCGUAUAGAGCAAUGGACAUUUGGCCUUUAUCCAGCAUGUAUCAAAUAUCUUAUGUCUGCAUUUGAUGUUCCUGAGGUUAUUGCUGUCACUCGGAGCAAUAUUUGCAAGUACGGAAUACAGUCACUUUCCCGAGGAGGUGCUAUUAUAUAUUAUGCUUCUGUCUUCCUUUACUUCUGGGUUUUCUCAACCCCCGUGGUUUCAUUGGUGUUUGGAAGCUACUUGUAUAUUUGCAUUAACUGGCUUCAUAUACACUUUGAUGAAGCAUUCUCCUCUCUUAGAAUUGCUAAUUACAAGUCAUUUACACGAUUCCACAUUAACUGUGAUGGUGAUCUCGAGGUUUUCACUCUUGCAAUCGAUAAGGUUCCAAGGGAAUGGAAGCUAGAUCCCGAUUGGGACGGAGAGGCGAAACAGCCGCAGCAGUGGAGCCACCGGAUAAAACAUCCUAGCAAGUGGAGUGCAUCUGUAAGUCAUCAAGAUCCACUGAAUACUGUGAGGAUUGUUGACCGAUUUAUUAUUAAACAAACAGAUAAUCAGGAUUUUGCAUCAAGUAAUGGGUCAAUUAAUAGUUGAUUCUUGGUGCUUUUAACAUCACUUAGAUUGUCGUUUCAUUGCAUUAGGGGUUGUUAGUGGUGGUGUUUAAAUGGCUAUCAUCAUUGACAUGUCACGGUUUAUUUACGUUGUUCCGAUUUUUUUAUUUGAAUUACCUGUGUUUAUAUUCGUGUCAGACCCAUAUUUGAAUGUAAGAAUCGGGUUAAAGAUUCUUCUGAGUAUAUAGAGAUUCUUGAAAUUUUUUUA